ACGCUUUAUUCUCACUCCUAAUUUGUGCAUGCUAUGAUUCUUAUACGUAUAUAUUUAAACUUGUUCUGUCCCGGUGUGAUAUGUAAAGCUAAUUAAGAAGUUCGAUAGAUUUUUAAACAAAACAAGUUACAAAGAAAGAACGGUAAAAUUUAAUUCGACAGAAUAUUUUUGCACAAAAUUCCUUGGUUCUUCAUAGUGCAUUAAAUACAUCUGAAUAGAAACUUUAAGGAAGCUUAUUGCAACACACUCUUUUACUUCCAUGGCAAAUAUGUUGGAAGAAAUCCAGACGAAGUUGAAAAACGAAACAGUUAAAUAUAAAUUAGCUCAAAGAGAUUACUGUAUAGCAUUUAAUCAAAAGCGGGAGGUGGAAGGGCAGUUGAAUGAAAAUAUUGUAGUUCAGAAAGAGUUAGAUCUCCUGAAGUCAGAAGAUGUUGUUUUCAAAUUAGUAGGACCAGUUCUUAUAAAACAGGAUUUAGAAGAGGCAAAGCAGAAUGUAUCUAAACGCUUGGAAUUUAUUUCUUCUGAAAUGAAACGAGUGGAAGACUUGAUAACUGCUUCUGGUGAAAAGGCAGAUAAACAUCGAGAGAAUAUAGAAAAAUAUGAACAAAUGUUUGAACAGGCUCUGAUGAAAGCAGCACUUAAUCAACCAAAGAAAUAACAUCAUGGACUAAAUAAAAUUACAGCCUUAUUAAUUGUUAUAUCAAUAUUGUAUAAUGGAAAAAGAUAUAUAACCAUGAAUAUUAUUAUUCUUACUCUUGAACCAGAUGAAAAUAAUCAAGGAGAGUCACAUGAUUGCAAAAUAAAUAAUUAUUAUUCCUAAAAAAUGAUUGAUUCAUGAAUCUUAUUUAUAUACUUUUGUGUCU